AACCCUGAUGACAGCCCUCUCGUCUUGACCACUGGUCUCUCCUCUCUCUUUCUCUCAUUCUCAUUCUCUCUCUCUCUCUCUCUCUCGAUCUCUAGAGGAGGAGUGGCAGAGCGUGCGUGUGUGUACAGUGUGCAACUUCAGUUGCUGGGUCUUUUCCUGGAAAGAUGAAAAUCUGAUGAUCUGAUCUCUCGCUCUCUCUCUCUGCAAAAUUUGUUUUCCUUUUUCAGAAACCAUCGUCCACCCAAAGAAGCAAACUGACCCUCCAUGGCAGGAAUCUGCAGUUCUCUUGUUUCCCCUUUUCUUGACCCGCAAAGAGGAGUGUGCGAGGAAAGUGACUCGAGCCCUCUCUUUCUACUGCCAUACCUUUUCUUGGUACUUGAUCUUGCACAAUCGGGCAAAGGAAGCAAAACCCUAGAUCGCCAAGAACUCCAGUAUUGCCUAAUCAGCAGAUCUCUCGUCCCCAACCAAGAUCCAAGAAAGAAGAAGUGCCUAGUAACCAUCCCAUCACUUCCCUACAUGGAGCUUGUACCAGAAUCGUCGUCGAGCAACCCCAACUUCGACACCCCGAUCACCAUCAAUACCCACAUAAUCGGGACGAGCUCGUCGUCGUCGCCAAUGUCGGCGUCGCCGCCGCCCACGCCUAGCCGCUACGAGAACCAGAAGCGGCGGGACUGGAACACCUUCUGCCAGUACCUGAGGAACCACAGGCCGCCGCUGUCCCUCACCAUGUGCAGCGGCGCCCACGUCCUGGAGUUCCUCCGGUACCUCGACCAGUUCGGCAAGACCAAGGUCCACAACCAGACCUGCCCCUUCUUCGGCCUCCCGAACCCGCCCGCGCCCUGCCCGUGCCCGCUUCAACAGGCCUGGGGCAGCCUCGACGCCCUCAUCGGCCGCCUCCGGGCCGCGUUCGAGGAGCACGGGGGAAGGCCUGAGGCGAACCCGUUCGGCGCCCGGGCCGUGCGGCUCUACCUGAGGGAGGUCCGCGACUACCAGGCGAAGGCGCGGGGGGUCAGCUAUGAGAAGAAGAGGAAGAGGCCGAAGCAGAAGCCGAACAACAAUGCAGCCCCACCUCCCGCUGCCGCAACAAGCUGAAGAUGAGAGGGUCAAUUUGAUUGCUGAUAAGUGGGGAUCAAGAUGGGUUUGGAUGCCGAUAGGAGACAUCUUUUGGAACAUGGGUAUUUCCUAUCUUAUCGCUCUUUCUAUAUAUUUCAACUUUCUAGUUGUGAUCUUAGACUAUGUAUGGUCAAACUUGUGCUGAUUUUUCUCCUUAUUGGUCUAAAGAGCCUUGACCCGGCCCUGCAUUAUAUAGUCUUUCCGCCUUUUUUUUUU